AUGUCGAAGAACGAAGACGACGCAGAAGACGAACCUUGGUUGAAUCGCAUCGCCGCCAACCAGAAACACCGACUAAGGACGAUACUACCUGUUCCUCUUGCAAUCAUGGCUGACACCGGCUCAUUUAUCCAUAUUGCGCGGCCUCUGGGACCAGCCACCGUAGGAGUUGCGCCCACCACUGCCCCUCUCAGCGUUAUCAUACAGCCCCAGGCUAUCUUCUCUAUCCUCGACCACUCUCUCCGACGCAAUGCCGACCAGGAACGAGUUAUCGGCACCCUACUUGGCACUCGAUCUGAAGACGGGACUGAAGUCGAGAUCCGGACCUGUUUCGCUGUUGGCCACACAGAGACGACUGACCAGGUCGAAGUUGAUAUGGAAUACCAGAAACAGAUGCUCUCUCUUCACCUGAAGGCCAACCCCAAGGAGGUUCUCGUGGGAUGGUAUGCCACCUCGUCGGAGCUCAACACAUUUUCCGCUUUGAUUCAGAAUUUUUACGGCGGACACGGUGAUGGAACAUGGCCUCACCCAGCUGUCCAUUUGACGGUUUCCACCGAACCCGGAAAGGAUAUUGUGACUAGGACAUACAUCUCUGCGCCGGUUGGUGUCACAACGGAACGUGCAGCAGAUAGUGCAGCAUUUAUACCCGUGCCAUACGAGAUCAGAUAUGGAGAUGCAGAGAAGAACGGUUUGGAGGCAAUUGCGGCAGCUCGGGAUAGGGAAGACCGGGCGACAAAUCUCUUCACAGAUAUCGACAGCUUAGAGAGAUCUAUUGAGGAGGUUAUUGGUAUGAUUGACCGUGUUUCCAGAUACGUGGAGUCGGUUAUGGACGAGGAGGCGCCAGCUUCCACAGCUCUUGGCCAGUUUUUGCUCAACGCCCUUGCACUCGCACCAAAGGUGGAUGCUGCCGAGAUUGAAAGUGACUUGUAUGUGCUCAAGUUCUUUAUUCUUCUAUUUUACCUACAAAGUCGAACUAUAAAAACUAACCCCUUGACAGUAACAAACACAUCCAGGACGUCCUUGUGGUCUCAUACCUUGCUAACUCCAUUCGUACACAAAUGGAGCUUUCCAACCGGCUUGCAACUGCCCAGCUUACCCUUGGAGGAGGCGGUGAGGGUAAUGCGACUGGAGGCAACGCUGGAGAAUCCGGUGGUCAGCGCGGUCACCGAUCCAACAGAGGUCGAGGUGGCCAACGAGGUGGUGCUCAAGCCGAGGAGCUGCGAGCUUAAAGAGAAACGAGACAGUCGCCAGAAUGUUCUUCACCUUUACCAGGUUUCCCCAGUCUUAACUGUAGUUAUGGAACUGGCAGGCCGUUCGAUAAAUUUACUUUUGGAGUCGUGCUUCACGUCGGUUGUGGGAAAACGAAGGCGUCUUUGGAGUUAUGAUUGCAUUAUGUCCAUGAUUAAUGGGGCUUUUUAA